AUGAAUAGAGCUGCGGCGAUCAGUGCUGCUAGCGUCGGCGCAAAGAAGAUAUGGGCAGGCACUGUGAACAUAUUGCCCGAUGCAAAGACAGGUGCACAUCAUCAUGGUGAACUGGAGAGCGUCAUCUAUAUCAUCAAGGGGCAGGCUAGAUUGCGCUGGGGCGAGCACUUGGAGUUCGUUGCUGAGGCCGGUCCCGGUGACUUCAUCUUUGUGCCUCCCUUUGUCCCCCAUCAAGAGAUCAACGCCAGCACUGACGAGCCUCUCGAGUGUGUUCUGGUGCGCAGUGACAACGAGGCCGUUGUCGUCAACCUCGACAUUGACGCCGUCGAGAACCCAGAGAAGGUCUACUGGGUAGAUCCCAUCCACAAGCAUCCCGAGCAACCAUGUCAAUCGACCACAACCAAUCCCAAUCCUCCACCAGCUGCAUCAUCGCAAUAA